GAAGUCUCUGGUCCUGUGGCAGAGGGCGAGGAAUGGCAGAAAGAAUGUCAGCUCCACUGAGAGCAAAGGUUAACCCUUCUAGGCCUAUGACCUCCUAAUUAAUUUAUCUUUUCACCUGAUUCCCUAUUCACAUUUUCUUACUAUCAUACAACUGUGAUCUUGAUGAGCAGCUGGUCUCUUGUUUUCUUAAUCAGUUCUUUGUUGUCACAGACGUUUUUAACUUACUCUAGCCCAUGAGACUUAUUCAUACCUUCUGUAUGCAGUAGGACCCUUGGUGGGCUGGUCAUCUCAAAAAUAGAAGGUUCAGUAAUCCAAAAGAUUGGACUCCAGUUUACCUCAGGCCAGGAAAGAAGUCAGCCACCAUUAGUAAAAGAGGAAGGGAAAAAUUACAUAGGAAAAACAAGUGCCUUAAUUAGAAGAAAAGAUCCUCAACUUCUAAGGGGUGCACAUCUGCACCCCUCUCUUCUGAGCUUUGUAAAGUGAUGUUGUAUAACUCUAGAUGGUAGUAAAAGGCAGAGCUCUUCCCAGAAAGGUCAAACAUGAUUUUCACUCUUACAUCUGUGAGGUGGAGUGGCAUUAUAGCACACAUUCAGGUGGAAUUAUAACACCAAGGAUAAGAAGACAGAAUCCAUAUAUCACAAUGCCAAAUAGACUCCCUCCUGAACGUAUGGACCCAUUAAAAUUGAGGUUCAACCUGAACUGAGGCCAUUCCACUCCCUUCCCAUCCUCCUGAUUCUUAUGUUUAGUAGGAGUAAAGGAUCAUGGUGCAGCCCCCAAUAUUCUCAUGCCUAGACUUGCCUAUUCACGAAGAAUGAUAUUGGAGAACUGAUGGCUAUAUAGUUACAAUGUAGUAACACAAGCUCCAAGUUGACAUUUGCUCACUGACGUCCAAUUUAAUUGUCUUGUUAUGUUUGAGAAAGGGAGGAUGCCCUACUUAAUAUAUAAAAGGGAAAGAAAUUUAUUAUUUUAUAUAUGCCCUGUAGUUGGUCCCUAUGUUCCCAAGAAAAAGGAGUUUUUAUUGCAAAAAAACAGGAUUAUAGACCAUUGAUUUUGUGAAAUACAUGGAUAUGUAAAUGGAAACAAUGUCAGCUGUCAAGGACUGCACACUAAUCAACUAUUUCUCGGUUUUAUACACUCAGAGGUAUAGAAGAAACAUAUUGGCCUCCACAAAAAGGGAAAAGCUUAAGAAUCGAAAUGUAUGUCACAUGCAUUGUCUCGGGUAGUAGAUUUACUUUUAAGAAAAAACUGCCCCCUCCUUGGCCCCUAGAGAUUUGGGUGCUAAGAAAAAUCUGUUCUCCAAUUCAGGGUUGUAAGCAACCCUCCCCAGCAAAUGCAUUGUUGACUUCUAAUGAAGCAGAGAGACAUAUCUAGCUUUGAAAUAGAGGUUGCCAAAUGGUAUUCCCAGUGACACAUGGGAGACUGGAGGAAAGGGUCCCCACAGAAAUUCAUCAGUGUGGGGAAAGCUGGUUAGUAGGUAGGCCAUAGAAUUUUCCAGUGACAUCAUCAGUAAGACGUUCACUGGACAGUCUAUUGUAUAUAAGAGAUCCCUAGAAUCUUUUGUGAUGUCACCAGUGUUGUGGUGACACCAACUGCCUUUGGGAUAUUACUUCAGUUCCCUUUGGGUUCACAAGCAGGCAUGUUUCGCCAGCUGCUCAGGCUAUUUCGGAAGCAAAGUGUUGAUCAAGGAGAGACCGCACCAGGUCAGAGGGAAGCUGACCCCGUCUCUAGUGAAACAGGAAGGAGGAAAUCAUUCUGGGGAAGGCUUGGUUUUGGUAGGAAGGCAUCAUCCCAAAAUGUCAUCAGUAAGCAAGAGGAGUGUCUAAAGGAACUGGAGGAACUCAAAUUUGAAAUCCAGAAGUGUCAAUUCGAGAGGGAUGAACUUUAUCAAAACCUGGAUCUUUAUAUCUAUGAUGAGUGGGACCACAGGCUGCAUGUCGAAUUGAUAGUCCUUCAAUCUGAACAUGAGAUGAGAAUGAUGGCUAUGCAAAUGAUGACCAACUCAAUAAGUGAUGCCAUGGAGAGGUAUAAGGAGCUCAUACAAGUGAACAGUUCCUACCGCAUCAGGCAAUCCCAGCUCCUGCGUGAACAAGCUCAAUUGAAGAACAAUAUACAGAUUUUGCUGAAUGAGAAGAGAAAACUGCUGGUGGAGCAGACUGAACUGCCAGCAUCCUCUGUGGAGACAAAGAGGUUCUGUGAAGAGGCCGGAAUGAACAUCUGUGACCCCAGAGCCAAGCAACAGCAGGUCUGAAAUUCUCCAGCAGAAACUCAAACAUGACACAGACCAGGACAAGAUCUCCCUUGGAGAGAAGUGCUACAGGAGGAGAACUAAGUGUGCACAGCAAAUACACCACUAUUGCGUCUCAUCUGUAAUGUCCAUAGCCAUUGUGGACUGCAUUUUCCUCCUUUAGUUUGAUUUCUUUGGAUUGAAUACGCUGUAUUUUCACCUUGCCUCUCUCCAGCAAGUGUACACUUUUUGAGGGACUCAGAGAAGUGCUGAUGCACAUCAAUCAAGGGCUGCUGGUCAUCCAGAAAGACUGUGCACGUGAAAAUUUGUACUUGUCCUGAUGGGUCAUCCAGAAGAGUUUCAUGGAGAUCAGUUCACAAUAUUGGAAAGACUAUGAAACAAAGUCUUUAAUAUCAUUUAUACUCAGUAGUGGUAGGCGUUUUCCUUAAUACCCCCACUCCAACAAAACAGACCUACUUCCACUCCUCUUUAAAAUAUUAUUACCAUCACUAACUGCUUGUCUUCUAUGUCUCCAAGGCAAGCCACAGGCUAUAAGUCUAUUCUGCAAAACGAGCAGCAAAAAAUGCUUAGUGCAAUUCCUCUAUUUAAAGUUUGGUUAAUUUUUAAUUCUUUUGGUUAUUUGGUUUUCCUUCUAUUCAUUUGAAGAUUUGUUAUUUAUCUGUUGUUGUUUUGUUCAUUUGCUUUUCUAUUUUGAUAAGGAUAUAGACUGUAUAUAUUGACUACCUGCAUCUGGUUACUAUCAAGUAAAUUGGAUGUUAUCUGGUCAAUAAAGGAGUAAUCUCAAA